AUUCCUCGUCGUAGACGUCAUUAAAAACCUUCAUUUCAUGAAUAACGAAAUCAGGAAAUUCGAAGCAUUUUGGCAACCUGCUUUUCCGAAUAAGCGAACGCCCAAGAAAUAUAUCAGCCCUGUUUUACAGCGAAGGCAAAUGGCAGCUAGAAAGUCCUCAUAAUUCUUUGAGCGGAGGCGGCGGUCAUUUUUAAAAAAGUUUGAAGGAAAGAUGGGUUUGGAGCAGGCAUUGCAGUUCAGCCAUUUGUUGAGGCAGGUGAAUGCUUUCAUUGUUGCGCAUCUCAGGGAUAACAAUUUAUCACAGGCUGCAACGGCAGUGGCUACGGCAACUAUGACCCCUCUAAAUGUGGACGUGCCACCAAACAGGCUCUUGGAUCUCGUCUGCAAGGGUCUAGCAGUGGAGAGGGAUGAGGCAGCAAGCCCGAUACAAGCAAAUGAUGGAGGGAUAGGAACAGGGACUUUGGGAAUCUCCGUGGGAUACGGGCCCAUUCCCUCUCCUCCUUUGAAUUCUCUCGAUUUCAGUAGUGGAGUACAGAACACAAAGGGUGCAGCCAAAAGCUUCCCUAAGCAUGAUACCAGGCGUGUUUCUGAGCAUAAGAAUGCUGCAAGAUGUGCAAGAUUUAGCCCUGAUGGACAAUUUGUUGCAACAGGGAGUGCUGAUACGUCGAUUAAACUGUUUGAGGUUGCAAAGGUUAGGCAAAUGAUGAUGCCAGAUGCAAGUGCCCGUGAUGGAUCAAUUCGGCCUGUUAUUCGAACAUUUUAUGAUCAUAUGCAACCAAUCAAUGACUUGGAUUUUCAUCCCCACUCUGCUAUACUAAUAUCUGGAGCUAAGGAUCAUACUAUCAAGUUCUUUGACUUUGCGAAGACAGCUGCAAGGAAAGCAUGCAGGAUUAUUCAGGAUACACACAAUGUCCGGUCUGUUGCUUUCCAUCCUUCCGGAGAUUUCCUCCUAGCAGGCACAAAUCACCAUGUGGUACAUUUAUAUGAUGUCCAUACUUUUGAAUGUUACUUAUCAUCAACGUUGCAGGAGAAAGAUUGUGGAGGGGCUAUAAAUCAGGUUCGGUAUUCAUCAAAUGGUGGGAUGUAUGUGACUGCCUCAAAAGAUGGGGGAGUACGAAUAUGGGAUGGUGUGACAGCUGAAUGUGUGCGAGCUAUUGUUGGAGCACAUGGUUCUGCAGAAGCUACGAGUGCAAGUUUUACAAAUGACCAGAGAUAUGUACUUUCUUGUGGGAAGGACUCUACAGUAAAGCUUUGGGAAGUAGGAAGUGGCAGACUGGUGAAGGAGUAUAUUGGGGCUCAACACACGCACAUGCGUUGCCAGGCAGUUUUCAACCAUACAGAGGAGUUUAUUUUGUCAGUCGAUGAACAGCACACUGAGGUGGUUAUCUGGGAUGCUAUGUCAGGGGUGAUUGUUUCUCGCUGGCCGUCCAACCAUAAUAGUGUACCUCGAUGGUUAGAGCAUUCACCAACUGAAGCAGCUUUUGUCACAUGUGGAACGGAUCACGCUGUGCGCUUUUGGAAAGAAGCCCAGUAAAAGGCAUAGGUUGUAUUUUCCUUAUUUGGGCUGCUACUGCUUCAACUCCUUUCAGCUUCAGAAUCAUUCAAGACUAAUUACUCUGUAAAUCCCAAAAAUCAAGCAGAUCAAGAGAGGGAAUGAUUAGUCAUUGUCAGCAGCUUUUACAGCUUUAUUGUGGAAAUGUAAUUCCUUGUUUAUUGAGAGGAGCUGUAAUGUUUGAUGCAGUUUAAUUCAUUUGUAUUUAUAUGAGGAACAAUAAGAUUUUAAUAUUAACCCUAGAACUUAUGCCUAGACUUUUGGCAUUCAAAUUAAUUACUACCAAAAUCAUCUAUUUGGAAGCAGAAAUUGAUAACAUGAGUGAAUAGAAAUCGCAAUCUCAUUAACUAUUUAGCAGAAAAAGAUACAUAUAUAGGCCCUCUUGGAUGGAAAAGUCAUGUCUAGGAGGAGUUGAAUUAACUACAAUGGAGAGAGGAGCUAACUCAAAGUGGAGGCCUUGAUGGCACCUAAUUGCCUCUAAUCGAGGAAGCUCACGCGCAUAUCUGUUUCCUAGAAGAUAAGGAUAUUAAUCUAAGUAAACUUAACACCAGAGGUGCAAUGAUAUAUUACACAAACAGAAAUAUGGAUAUAGUUCGUUGCUCCUUAUUUUUCUAAAGCAUUUGCAAUGGCAUUGUAACACCCUACAAUGACAUCGACAUGAUGUGCAUGUAAUGUCCCCUUAUGUGAUGACUUGGAAAAUAGUAACGUUUAACUUAUAAGAAUCAAUUGCAAGAGAAUUCUUUCCUCAA